AGGAAUUCAACGAGUGUAAUCAAAUCUCUUGAAUAUAAUUCUUUGUGCUUACAGCUCUCUUAAUGAACGAACACUUUGCAAAUUGCCUAUAACACACGCAAAAUGAAAACCAAGAAGAUUCUGAUCAUCCUCAGCGAUGCAGACUCCUUCCCCAUCAAAAUGACCAGCGGGUCUAAUAGUGGUCAAACAGUCGAGCAUCCGUCCGGCUUCUUCCUCCAAGAACUCGCAAAACCCCUACAAAAACUCCUCGACGCCGGCCACGAAGUCACCUUCGCCUCGCCCAAGGGCCACGAACCAACCGCCGAUCCGAACAGCGACAGUCUUCUCGCAUUUGCAGGCAAUUUCUACGAACGACGUCGCGAGCGCGAGCUUAUCGAAAGAUUGAAGAAAGAGAAUGGUUUCAGCAGUCCUCGACCAUUCAGCUCUAUCAGUGACGAGGAAUUGGAAACGUUCGCGGGCGUCUUUAUCCCGGGGGGCCAUGCUCCUUUAAAAGACUUGGGCGCGGAUCCGGAGUUGGGACGGAUACUGAGAUACUUUCAUCGCGAGAAUAAACCCACGGCGGCUAUUUGUCAUGGACCGUAUGCACUUCUGAGCACGAAGCAGGCGGGGGAUGGCUCGUUUGUGUAUUCCGGGUACAAGAUUACUUGUUGGAGUGACGCGGAGGAAAAGGUGAUGGAGACUAUGUUGGGCGGCGAGAUUGAAAAGGUCGAGUCGGCUUUGAGGAAGGAAGGUGCUGUGAUGAUGGAAGGCGCUCCGGAGAAGGUUGGAGGAACGACGCUGCAUCGUGAGUUGGUUACGGGGGGGAAUCCGUUGGCUGCGAACGCACUCGGGGAUCGAUUUUUGAGAAUGAUUAGCGCUUAAUUGCUGUACAAUGGCUGUAUAAAGAUUGAACCCAAAUACAAGAACGGAUGAUAGGGUAUGAUAGCUAUGACCUUCUUGGAUUCGUGCUAAUCUAAAGGAAUAUUAGACCGAAACAAUCACAAUUGUACAGAUUUGCCUAAAAGGCAUGACAAGGACGAAGAAUCUCUCAUAUAAAAC